AUAUCACGUAAUUCCGCUAAAGUAAAUUAAACCCAAUCUGAGGUUGAUUCUUGCUGUAUCAUAUACAAAUAAAUACAUUAUUUGCCUCACGUCACUCCCAUGUUUAUAAAUAUUAAAAAUUUACAAUAUGACGUGACUUGUGACUAAUCUGGGGGUAAUCAUUUUCGACAAGUUGGCAGCACUUCUGGUUUUUAUCGCGUGUCAUCAAUGUCAUUUUUCACUCGGUGUCAUUUUGCAUUCUGGUACACUUCGUUGAGGAAGGGUACUGAAUGAGUUUAUUAUCAAAUCCUAGAACAAAAAUUACCAAUUCGUUGUUCGAAAAUUAUGUGAAAGUGAGUUGAAAGUGCACAUCGAAGAAUAUAAUUGAAAAUUUUGGUGUACAGUUUCUGCGGCGGUAGUAAAACAGUGAGAAGAUGAUCAAAAUGGAAACUGAUAAAAUCGAGGAAGUGAAUACAAAUAAUGCCCAGUACCCAAUGACGAUCCUGCCCCCGUACGACACGGCCCGUAAGAAAGAGACAGCGUCGCCGGCGACUUUCAAUGCGGAACGCGAGGCCUGUCUGCGGUGCUUCGAAAAAUGGAGCCAAACCGAUCAGGCCGAAUUCGUGGAAAACUUGCUGGCGAGGAUGUGCCACUACCAGCACGCCCACAUCGACUCCUACCUGAAACCUAUUCUGCAGAGAGAUUUUAUUGCUCUGUUGCCGAAAAAAGGUUUGGACCACGUGGGGGAAAACAUAUUGUCUUACUUGGACGCCGACAGUUUGCGUAAUGCAGAACUGGUCUCGAAGGAAUGGUUCCGCGUAAUCUCGGAAGGCAUGCUCUGGAAAAAACUCAUAGAGAGGAAAGUCAGAACCGACUCGUUGUGGCGGGGUUUGGCGGAGAGACGCGGAUGGAUACAGUAUUUGUUCAAGCCGCGGCCGGGCGAAAACCACCGACCGCACGGUUUCUACAGGUACCUCUAUCCGAAAAUCAUCAGGGACAUCGACAGUAUAGAGAGCAACUGGCGCAACGGCAACCACAUCCUACAGCGGAUCAAUUGCCGAUCGGAGAACAGCAAGGGGGUGUACUGUUUGCAAUACGACGACCAGAAAAUCGUGUCAGGCCUGCGGGACAACACGAUCAAGAUCUGGGAUAGGAGCACGCUGCAGUGCACCAAGGUACUUAUCGGACACACGGGCUCGGUUCUGUGCCUGCAAUAUGACGACAAGGUUAUCAUAAGUGGUAGCAGCGACAGUACCGUGAGGGUGUGGAACGUAAACACCGGCGAAAUGGUCAACGCACUAAUUCACCAUUGCGAGGCUGUGCUACAUCUUAGGUUCAAUAAUGGCAUGAUGGUUACGUGUUCUAAGGACCGUUCGAUAGCCGUGUGGGACAUGACCUCUCCGGGGGAGAUUGCCCUACGGCGGGUCCUGGUGGGGCACAGGGCGGCGGUGAACGUGGUAGACUUUGACGAGAAAUAUAUAGUGUCCGCCAGCGGUGAUAGAACCAUAAAAGUGUGGAACACUUCGACGUGUGAGUUUGUGAGGACUUUGAACGGACACAAACGUGGGAUCGCGUGUUUGCAAUAUCGCGAUAGGUUGGUUGUGAGUGGUAGUUCGGACAACACUAUCAGGUUAUGGGACAUCGAAUGCGGCGCCUGCCUCCGUACCCUCGAAGGGCACGAGGAGCUGGUAAGGUGCAUCCGCUUCGACAGCAAGCGGAUAGUGAGCGGAGCGUACGACGGCAAAAUCAAAGUGUGGGACUUGCUUGCGGCGUUGGAUCCCCGCGCCCCGACCAACACUUUGUGUCUGCGCACUUUGGUGGAGCACACGGGUAGGGUAUUCAGGCUGCAAUUCGACGAGUUCCAGAUAGUGAGCAGUUCGCACGACGACACGAUCCUCAUAUGGGACUUCCUGAAAUCGAUACCGGAGGUGACGAGCGGCUCGUCGCCGACGACCAUGUCACGUGAGUGCAUGAGCGAUACCUUGCUAGGGUGAUUUCGCCACGUUCCUACGCAACAAACGCGCUAGCGGUGCCGAAACACGUCGUCGCAAUCUUGUUCAGUUCCCGCAACCGUUUCGAGCGAAUAAUGAGAACCGGGUGUGUUGUGAAAACGAAAAAAAAAAACGGUGAUACAAUGAUCUGCCGCCCGCGUUGCCGCGUUUAAAGGGGUCGACGCGUUCACGAAGUAGGCUGCGAUGUCUAAAACGAAUUAGUUAAGGCGGACCUCUGUACAUAGUUUUAGUUUUAAGAGUACGUUAGGUUGGAGGUGGGUGCGUGCGUUUGCGUGUGCCAUGGCGAUAUCGGAACGUGGGGCUUCGGUGUCACGCGUAAUUUCCGCUACCCUCCUAACUUGCGCACGGGGCCCAAACUUGAAAAGGUUAAGGAUGACUUUUUUUUUUUUAUCAUAAAAUUAUCAAACCACUCUAGAUAUUUCAGUGAUAUGUUGCACGUUGCUUCCAACCAGAGAAAUAUUUUUUAACAAUUAGCAAUUACGUCGGACACAGAUUUAUUGGAAAUAUUUUUUUUUUAAGAAAAAAAAAUUGCUUCAAAUAAAAAUUGUCCUUUUUUAAAAAAUUGUUAUUGGUGUCUGGUUUAGGAAAAAAAGUGUAUUGAUCAAGUUGGACGGCGAUUUGAAAAAUAUUUUUUUUUGUUUCAGAAGAAUACUCACAAAUUAGUUUACGCAAUGUCAAAGAAAUUAAUAUCGGGAGUGGCUUUAAAAUCAUAAUACUCGACGUGGAAUAUGACAUAAAAAUUUGAUCCAUUAAUUUCCAUGUAUAAUUUCGAUUUAGUUAGGCUGCAGGUGAAAUGUCGGAAAUUAAUAUAGUCUAGGUAUGGAAAGUAUAUUAAAAAAUUUUUCCCAGAUUGCAAGAGCGUUUUUUUUUUGUUAAUUACUCCUCAACAAGUACAUAUUUUUCUUUGAGACGUUUUUAUGAAAAAGCAAUUAUCUGCAUGUAAAGUACGUUCUAAAACUACACUGUACUACAUAGUAUUAACCAAAAUGUUCAAAUAUGUUUUUAGAAAAUUGUUGCACUCAAUUGGGGGUAAAAUAAAAUAUUAUAUUUGAAAUAAAAAUAAUCUGUAAUUCGCAAAUAUUACUCACGUCCGUGGAGGUUAACUAAUUUAUUUAAUAUCGCAAAAAACUGUUAACAUUCAGCAGUUUGAUAAAUGGACGAAAUCAUAAUCAAUAAAUAGUUACAAAUUAAUUACAUUUUUUUAUAUUAACGAAAUUUUUUACAAUUAUCUCAGUAAUUGUCUCUCCUCGCAGUUAAUUAGCUGAUACAUUUUGUAAAUUUGAUUUAAUUUCUGACAUCACCCUGUAUAAUUUGAAAUUAUUUAUUAAAGUUUAAAAUAUCCAUCUCUAUAGGAAACUGAACGCAUACGUGAUAGUUACACAUUAUAAAACUUCCUUGAAAAAUUACUCUUUAUUGUUUAACUUUCCUUUUUUCGAAAAUCGAAUCUCGGUAAGCAGACGGGUGAUGUUACAUGAGACACUGGGAGGUGGGAAACUUUGGGACAAACUGUAAUAAUCCCAUGGCACACGAGCGAUUUGAAUAUUUAACUUUUAAUUCUCGCAAUUGAAUUUUCUUUGAUUAAAAAUGUCCCUAAAGUGUUAUCGAUAUGAAAUUUUAGGGGCCGAACUGAUGGGGUGUUCUAUUAUAUUUUUGUAUUACGUCGACGAGUGUUGGGCAGAAUACGGCGAAAUUUAAAUUUGCAGUGGCAAAAUAAUCUUAGUAGGCCUUGGGCACCGUUGGAAGGUGAGAAAGAGAGCACAAGUGGAUUUGUUUAAAAUGCCUCUUAAAGUAAUUUUGCCGCACUUCGAAGUGAAUUCAAUAAACAAUUAUCCUUGAAUUUAUAUCGUCGUUACUCCUAUUUUUCACACUUUGGAUUGAAUAAUUUUUAUUAUAAUGAAUGCUUAACCUCUUAAGUAACACUUCGACGUAUCUUUGAAGGUGAAAGAAACGUCAUGGCACAAUGGGCAAGCCAACUAACCAAGACAAAAAAAAAACGGGUUUAUUAUGCAUUAAUUUUGAAAAAUUGAAAACUUUUUAUGGUAAAUUAUAUAUUCCAGUACCAUAUUCUGCUCAUAACUUGUUCGAUUUUGAUGUAGACAUUACUUAUUAAUUUGUAAGAUUUGUAACUCGCGCACCAUGUAGAAUUAAUUGUUAAGCACUUUUUUUUUCAGUUAAUAAACAAAAGCUUCGAAAAUGCAAUUGGUUUACAAUAUAUGGUCAUUCUUGUUGCUUGGAAGAAACCGUUUUAAAUAUACAGUGGUUUUGUUAACCGGUAACCUAACCCUUAAAUUUCAGCAUUAUGUGAUUCAUUGAAUCAGCUUUCUAGGGCUAUGUAACCUAAAUCUAUGGCCAGAUGAUCGUGUUAGUCGUUCAAAAUAUUGGGAAUCCAGUUCUUGAAUUUCUGAGAAGAGAGCAGCUUGACAAUGUUUUAAAUAAGUAUAAUUUCUUAAUUUUCGAUUGCACCAAAUGUGCGUUUUUUAAUGAUAAAUAUUUUUGUCAAUACCAGGCUGCUGCGGAAGUAAACGAAACAGUAAGUCGAAAGUUUUUUUUCUCAAAAUAUUAUUUUAUCUGAAAUAAGUGAAUCAUAAUUUUGUCUAAAACAAUUGGCUUGAUAACGAUUACUCUGCUACUGUAAAUAGCUUUGUAUCGGUUUCAACGAUGCUAACAUUUUUCGGGUUUUACUGGUUGUUUUGUGUAUAAUCUUUAUUAAAGAUGUUAGAUUGAAUACCAUUUCUUUUCACAAGUCCAUAUUUAUUUAAAAAUACUUGUAAAACAAUCAUGUAAUAAUAAAAUUUUAAAAUCUAAAUCUACAAAUCUAAUUCUGUCAAGUGCAGUGUAACAAUCUCUUCUCUAUUAACCCGGAAUUGAAACACUCUGUAUAUUUAAACCUUAAUUCAAGUAUUUGUACAAUAUAACAAUCUGUACAGAACUGCUUUAUCAGCUUGACCUAGAGGUCUACAGGAUAACCUAAUGUCAGGGUCCUCUUGAGCGUCGAGCCUUUGCCAAAAAGAAAGUUGUGUAGUCUAUGAGAAACUUAUAACUAGUUCAAUAAAAGUGCUUUGUGAUAAAACAAAUGGUGAAAAAGUCCAAUCAAAAACUGCGUAUGAAUGUUUCUUUUUUGUUUUCAAAUAGCCUACUCCUUUCCUGUGUGACUACUUUUUUUUAUGUAUUAAUUUGUAAUUAUCACUUAAAGAAAGCUGUAUAUAUAUUUUACGUAGUUGUUUGUUUAAUAUAUUUGUUUGCAUUUAUUAAGAUCUAUUUGUAUUUUUGAGUGUUAUAAUGCAAGAUUACUUUUA